GACAGAGCCUGGGCAUUCCAAAUAAUACUGGGGGACUGACUGACUGACUGAUAUAUUACCUGGAAACUGCUCAUUCACAAUACAGCUACAGUGAGGGCAACGACGACGACAACGGCAGUUCCGGAAAAAUGGUUCAGAUUUCCCAAAGCGAGGAGGAAAUUAAAAUCUCUAUUGAAUUAAACAGAUUGGUAACAAGAAAGCCAGAUGUUGUGCUCCUGCCGCAGUAUAUAAAGUUCAACAAUCCGCCAAUAUUCUUUGAGCGGCAUCUUGCCCAGGAAAUUGAUGAAACGGCCAGUUACUGUCGCAUUUUCAAGCAUGAGGCGCGUAUUGUGCUCAUUAAGAAACAUCUGGGGAUCUGGCCGGAACUGUUCCAGAAGCUGGACAAGGAAGCUUUGAUGAAAAAGCGCCUGGAAAUUGCCGAUCAGAUUGUGGAACGCAACAAGAAACGGGACGAGAUGGCUUUGGAGCGAUAUGAAAAUAAGCGACGCGCCGAAAUUGAGAAGGAAGUUAAGCGUGAAGACGACAUGAGAGUUCGCAUCAAGAAAUUCCAGGAGACCUCCUGCCAAGAGGCUCUUAUGGUGGGUGUGCGUAAAGCAACGCAUGUCAAGCCCAGCUCGCUGCAUGGCAACAACUCCAUUGACAACGGCAACAACAAACAGCAGCCGGCGGUGGACGUACGACAGGCGACGCCGGUGGUACGAUAUCAACCACCACUUGCAAUGUCAGCAGUGCGUGGCAGUGGACGUAUUAGUGUGAGCUUCUCCAGUCAACAUAAGAUGAAUACGCCUAAGCGCGAAUCCCAGGAGGGAAUGCAGAUGCCCUUCACUAUACAUGACAAAUUAAAUGGAAAUCCACCGACCCGAGAGAAAACUCCAAUGGAAACGCUCGACGAGUGAGAAAGCAUUUACAGCAAAUUAAAAUUAAAGGUGUGUGUGUGGGGGGUGUGUGUUUGACUAAGGGGUUCGUGUAUGCAUGUCUGUAUAUGUAUGUGUAACACUUCUAACUGACGAAAAUAAAUGUACAUUGUAACAUCA